AAAUAGCAACAGCCAGGAGACCGGCAUGAGAUAGCACUGGAGCUGACCCACAGAACCAGAGAGCUGAGUGCCUUUGGCAGGAGGCUUUCUGGCAGAGUGGGGAGCCUCUGAGCACUCAUUGUUGAAGCUAGGCUUGCCAACCCACAGAGCAAGAGAGCUGAGUGCCUUCCAGCUGAAGUUUACUGGCAGAGUGAGGUGCCUUCAUGUGGCGCUAAAGAGUUUUGGAACACUUGCCCCUGCAGGGCAGAUGCAAGCCAUGAGGCCCGAAGGGCUGAGAGGCCAAGGAACCAGGAAGCAGAAGAUAAAGAGACAAAGAACAUAGGAAGCAGAGCUGUCUUCAUCUCAAAGGCUUCUGCUUCCUGGUUCCUUGGCCUAUAAGCCCCUCAGGCCUCUCCACCCACGUCUGCCCUGCUGAGAUCCCAAACCCAAGAAGAGAAAUGGGGUGAAAUGCUUCCUGGCUCUGGUGACUGUCUACUUGAUUCUGCUCACCACGGGCGGAGGGCUGCUGGUGGUGCAAGUUCUGAACCUGCAGGAGCGGAUCCGGGCCCUGGAGAUUUACCUCUUCAAUGACACGCUGGCCGCCGACGACAGCUCAUUCUUCUCCCUGCGCCAGGAGAUGCACCACCCACACCUGGCUAGGGGUGCAUGGGACGGCGAGAAACUGCAAAACCUUCAGGCUCAGCUCAUGCAGGUCCAUGCCAGCCAGCAGCACCUGCGGUGGCAGGUGGACAACUUCACUCAGAGCCCAGAGCUGUUCGGGUCCAAAGGUGAACCAGGCAGUCCAGGUCUUCCAGGUCAAAAGGGAGCCCCGGGCAUGCCUGGCACCCCUGGCCUGCCGGGGCCACCAGCUGAGAAGGGAGCCAGGGGGCCCAUGGGACCCAGUGGAGCCACAGGUCCCCCGGGACCCCAAGGCCCACCAGGAAUCAAGGGAGAGGCAGGCCUCCAAGGGCCCAAGGGCGAGCCGGGGAAGCCAGGAGCCACAGGCACCCCAGGACCUCAAGGACAGAAGGGCAGCAAAGGCGAUGGGGGUCUCAUUGGCCCAAAAGGGGAAAGUGGAGCUAAAGGAGACAGAGGAGAGAUGGGCCUCCCAGGCAGCAAAGGGGACGUGGGUGUAAAGGGAGACAUGGGUGUCACGGGACGCCCUGGAGCCCCGGGGAGUAAAGGUGACUCUGGGAAGCCAGGCCCACCAGGUGUGACCGGAUUACCUGGAAUCAAAGGAAAUCAAGGACAACCAGGAGUGCAGGGUCUACCAGGUCAUCCAGGCCCGGCGGGAUCCCCGGGUCCCAAGGGGGACCCUGGCAGAGCUGGCUCUGCUGGGCCAACAGGACCACCAGGGACGCCCGGGAGUCCGGGAGCUGCAGGUGUGAAAGGAAGCAAGGGAGACACAGGACUUCAAGGACAGAAAGGAACAAAAGGAGAAUUAGGAGUCCCAGGCCUUGCAGGCGUGAAGGGAGAAAGAGGAAGUCCAGGGCCAGCAGGCCCCAAGGGUGCAUCUGGACCAGCUGGCCAGAAGGGAGACCCAGGGAUGAAAGGAUCUCCCGGGCAGAAAGGGGUAAAGGGAGAACAGGGUCAAAAAGGCGAGUCCCCGAUACCCGUCAGGAUCAUCGGUAGCCCGUCUCGAGGCCGGGCUGAAGUCUACCAUAACAACGUCUGGGGGACCAUCUGUGAUGAUGGCUGGGACAAUUCCGAUGCCACAGUCUUCUGCCGCAUGCUGGGUUACUCUUCAGGGAGGGCGAUUUUCGGUGUGUUAGCUGGCACCGGGCAGAUCUGGCUGGAUGAAGUCGCCUGUAGAGGCUCCGAGGAGAGUCUGUGGCAAUGUAAUAAGAACGCCUGGGGUUCACACAACUGCGCCCAUGCUGAGGAUGCCGGCGUGGAGUGCAGCUGAGCCCCUGUGGCCCUUCACCACUCUGUCCCAGGUGUCUGUGGCCCAGGUGUGUCUGACACGCACCUGCAGAAAGGCAGACGCUCUGAGGGACCAUCAGGGCAGGUUCUGGGGUGCGGUCCUUAAUAAAGCUCAGUGUU